AUGACACCCGAAACAUUUGAAAACUUGUUGAAUAUCGUUGGUCCUCAUAUUCGUAAACAGACCACAAACUACAUGAACCCUAUAAGUUCACAACAGGGAUUGGCUAUCUGCUUUAGGUAAAAACAACUCAUUUAAUAGGUUAUUAUUUUUGUUGUGUGAUGCCAAGAAUGGCAAUAAAUGUACCACUCUGGUCUCUCGGAGACUAUAAAUAAUUUACUGACAGAGGAGAAACUGUAGUAUAAGGUUUGGUUGUCAACAUUGCAAAAAAUUAAGACAGGGUUUUGUUUCUUGGGCCUUCCAGAGGGGUAGGGGCAUUUGUAUGCUGUUCAUAUAAACUAAACUAUAUAUGAAAAUAACAUUUAAUAACAGCUUUCAUUCUGAAUAAAGGUGUUGUAUACUUGUUUAAUAAUUUAUUUGGCCAAUUUCAUAUCAUUGAAUAACAGUUUGAUAUAAAUCGGCCUGGUUCAGAAAUUAAAGAUGGAAUUCUUUUUCAUUUUCUUCAUUAAUACUUAAAUAUUUUUCCAGAUUUUUGCGACAGGUGAUUCAUAUAAAACCAUUGUAUUUAGUUAUCGUGUUGGUGCAUCCACUGUUGGUGCAUCCACAUGCCUGGUAAAUCAGUGCAUGAAGGUCCCCACUAAGAAUGAAUGGCAAGCUUUGGCUGAAAGUUUCAACAAUAAAUGGAAUUUUACAAACUGUGUGGGGGCUAUAGAUGGCAAGCACAUUACAUUUCAAGCUCCACCCAAUUCAGGUUCCCUAUACUUCAAUUACAAAGGGACAUUUUCUAUGGUUUUAAUGGCUUUAGUUGAUGCCAAUUACUGUUUUACAGUCAUUGAUAUUGGAAGUUAUGGAUCUAAUAGUGAUGGAGGGAUUUUUUCAAAUUCACUACUGGGUCAAAGGCUGGCAGAGAACCAACUUAAUCUACCAGUUCCUAUUGAUCUGCCUGGGGCUUCCUUACUAGGUAAGGUAAACUCAAUAUGGUUUUUCUGCAUCUCACUCGAUUGA